CACAUCUGGAUUGUGAGGUGAGUAGGCUGCAAUAUUUAUUUUCCAAUUAAAAACUAUCUGCAGCAUUACUUGCAAAACAGUUUUGUGUUUUUGAAAAACAUGGUUCAUCUGGGCAGGUGUUGUGCUACGUUGCACCUCACCAAAUCAUAAUAGGUCACGCUGUGCAAAGGAAUGAAUGUUUUUGUUGUUGUACCCCGGGCUAGAGUCAGUCUAACUUGAAUAGUUUCACAAGUUUUACAGGUGUUAUCAAAAGGAAUGCAUGGAAACGUCAUGCAUGGAAAAGUCUGAGGAAGCUUACUACCUCUUUUCCGUGUUAUUUAACGUUACUUUAACUGGUUAAGGAUGACUGCAAACCGAUAUAGAUCUAAAUGCUACGAAAUAUUGUAGAAUCGAUUCUGUCUUCGAGACAGUCUAACUUGUCAACCUGAUUUUAUGCAUCAAAAACGGCAAUAUCCACCGAGACUUCACGAGAGGGCUACAGAAUGCGGCAUGACACCGGCGCCAGGGCUGCCUCCUCAUUUAAUCUUAAUGGUUAAAAUGUCCGGUAGUAGUGCUAUUACAAAAACAUUAAAUGUAUCCUGAAACAGGGCGUUGGUUGUUGAAUUAACUUUUUUCUUUAACUCUCAUUAAAGCUGAAAGGGAGGUUAAUGAAAAGAUGGCGCAGAAGACAGGUGACACAGUCAAGACUCAAAGAGUCACCAUUGUUUCAAUAAACCCCCCUCCCUCAUCCACCUCAUCUGCACCAGUCCCACAUAGUUUUCAGGAAUCUCCGUGGAGGCAGGUGGAUUGGUCUGAAGAGACUAAGGAGGUUCUGAUGGAGUCCGUCCGCUCAUAUAAGCCGGCCUGCGACUCGGUAGCUGCGGCCAGAGUUCUGCUAGUCGGUCCAGUAGGAGCGGGCAAGUCCAGUUUCAUCAGCUCCGUCCAGUCCAUGUUCUACGGGCGGGUCGUGAACCGGGCUAUGGUGGGCUCAUCUUCCAGCUCAUCCACCAGCUUCACCAAGCAGCUUCAGUCGUUUCAGCUCUACGGCAGCAGAGAGAGAGAUGGGAAGAAUAUUGCUCUGGUCUUAUCUGACAUGGCGGGACUCGGGGAGACAAACAGCCCCACCCUUCAUGACAUGCUGGCAACUAUCAAGGGACACGUUCCAGAGGGACACACGGACCCGAAAGUCGUGCCCAAGCUCACCCUGGAGAAGGUCAAGCUAGAGAGGAUGUCUCCCGAAGGAGAGGGUGCGGGCGCGGAGGGAGGCGGGGGAGGAAGUGGGCUCCCCCCAGACGCCAAAGCGCCCAGAAAGCGUCCGUCGGCCGUGGAGUCCCCCAAAUCCAGCGUCAAGAAGCAGAAGAAGGGCGGGUCGGACGGGCCAAAGAGCUCGGAGGAUGAGGCGUCAUCCAAGUCUGAGCAGUCGGCUCCCUCCAGUCCCACCAGUCCCUUCAGUCCCUCCAACUAUAUAUUGUACUCCACCACCAGCUCUGACUCAGACUUUGAGCCUGUGCAGAAACAAGGGCAGGGUGAGCCACAAGGUCCUCUGCACUCAAUGGUUGAGGAUCUGCAGUCAGAGGAGUCCGACGACGACCACAGCACCGGCGCAGAGGUGGAGUUCAGUGCCUGCAGUCCUGUAGGGUCGGACACGCCAGGCUAUGUGAAGGAGCCUCACCUCGCAGAGAAGGUCCACUGUGUGGCCUUUGUGAUCAGCUCCCUUGAACUCUCAUCCUACUCACAAACCAUGACCUCCACCUUCCAGCAGCUCAGGGAGCAUAUCAGCGCCCUGGGUGUACACCAGGUGGCGCUAUUGACUCAUGUGGAUAAGCUGGGUCUAGCCAGUGACAUCACCCAGGUGUACAGAAGUUUACCUUUGAAGCAUGCGAUGAUGAAGGCCGGUGAUCUGCUCGGCCUGCCCGUCUCCUCCAUCGUGCCGGUGAAGAACUACUCCGAGGAGCUGGAGCUGGAGCCACACACAGACACGCUGCUGCUCAAAGCACUCGACCACAUCCUGCAGUACGUGGAGCUGCACUUCAGAGACCACCCACAGGGACCCCAGCAGGCAGACGAUGCAAACAGUACCACCUCAUCGCUAGAGAAUUGAAAGAUGGUGACAAGUUUAAGCUACGGCUAAAGAACACCCUCAGAAUUUUUUUCUGUAGAAAUCUGAGAAUUUUAUAAAGGAAUAUUGUCCUAAAGGGAUUAAAUCUGAUUGUCUUACAGCUAAACGUGUAGCAGAGGAGAUGGUUUUCUAUUUGAUUUUUCUUUGUGACUGGUUUUGUGAUGUGAGUUGCACUGUGCACCUGCAACAAAACUGGCAUUUACUACUAGGGCUGGGCGAUGAAUUUAAUUUAAAUUUAAAAAUGCAAUUAUGGCUUCCGGGUAUGAAAAAAAACGUAUCAAUAUUGACCAAAAUAAAUGUUAUUAUGAUUUGUAUCAUAGUCAAGCUGCCUUAUUCACUAUCAGGGGAAGGUUUGUUGUCUUUUCAUUUUCAUUCAUGGUAUUUUGAAGAAGCCUCCUAAUUGGAUAAUUUAGCAGCUACUCUUUAUAUUUUUCUUAAGUGGCAAACCAAUGAGGUUCUCAGAUUAUUUUGUAUUAAAAACUUUGUGGCAACACAGGUGUGAGACUGCAAAUGUAUUCACGACUCCGGGGAGAGUGACUAGCACCACAGGGGUCAAGGGUGAAGGGUGAAGGGUCAAGCAACAAAUCCCAAACUCUGUGGGGCGAGGGAGGGCCUCACUACCAACUCAACUCAUAUCACACACACUGUUAAGUUUAAACUAAUUCUACGUGUUGGUUGCAGAGAAUCAAAGUAAGGACCGCCACACAGAGCAAUAAGUUUGAGUUGAGUUUACUGAGUUUUAAAAGAGUACAAGAUUCAGUCUUAGGUGAGUUCACACAAGAGCUCCGUCACCCACAACUGGAGAAUGCAUUCUGAUAUCAUGGUACACAGAUCCUCCUUUUAACCCUUAGUCGCCACUAUGUUGCUUAAGCAUGAAUCCCCUGAGGAGCUGUUACUAACUAACUCCUUAACAAUGAGGUCUCAGUAUGAAAGGUCCAAUUCUCACAGUUCAACUAUUAAUCUUAUCUCGUACAUGUCCCGUGGUGAUCUUUCUGCCCUAACAAUUUGUAGUUUACAGCCACUGUCACUGCUGGCCCGUGCUGGCCCUGUCAGUGUCACACCAGCAGCGACACCUCAGGGUAAUAGGCCUCUUUCCUUAGCAUGGUGAAAUUAGUUAAUAAUCUGUUUACUGUUUUGAGCUAAAUUGCUUGACAUUGAACUUCAACUGAACUGCUUGUUGAUGACUAAACAUUGGUGACAUCAAUAAACUUGUUUUUCUCUUACAA